AUGGACCUGGACGUAUCAGUUUCUUGCUGCAAGUUAUUGAUGACCGAGAUCGAGAGCUUCUUUUCCGACCUUGCGCAACUAACGGAGAAACCACUCGAUCUCCGCGACAAGUUCAAAGUUGUUUUCGGAAGUUACGGGCCGGAAAGUGUACAGAAGCUCAUCGAGCACCAGACGAGCUCACUGACUCUUUUGUUGACAGCUUGUAACUGCAAAACUCUCUCUGAGCAGCAACGUAUUCUCGGUACAAACAAGACUAGGAAAGUCUUGGAUCGAGCAAAAGCAGACUCGAUAUCUCUUUAUGUUCAUCGUGACUCUGCAUCUCUCACAAGCAAGAUGACCGACAACAUGUCAAAGAUAUCGCGUGUCUUCGAAUUCGACUCAAACAUCUUCUCCACGGGAGUCUACGAGCGGGCAUUCCGGGGCUUCUUCGGCAGUAGAACCUACACCAACGCCCGGAAGUUUGCAGAGUAUCUGUUUCCUGGGUCCUGA